GAUCCCUAAACGUCGCAUUGUCGGAUGUGUUUGACUAGCCUUUCGCUUGGUAUAUCAAAUCUCGAUAUCUCUCUCCGCUCUAGUCGCGAUGCGUUUUGGACUCUCAUCCAUUCAUAAGAGAAAAAUAUUCAGGUUCGAAGGUAAAAGUCGGUGGCUUAUUGUCUUGUUAUUGAAAAAGGACAUGAAAGGAAGAACAGAAAAGCAGGUUCUUGGACAUUUGUAUGUGUUUAGAUAUUCCCUUUUUACUUUUAUGAUUUUGUGGCUAACAUUCAUUCACACCAGAGCACAGUCGAUCGUUGAGCAUACAAUAGUUCAUGACCUAAACCCAAUAAGGUAUUUCCCCUCCUACACUGCGUGCUGACCACUCUGGCAAGAGACCUGGUUGACGAAAGCCCAAAUGUCGGAACAGAACCAGCAUUGGACAUGUCAAGUCUAACCAUCUAAUCUAAUCUGAACUGUCUAUACGUCAAACCUGGCACACUAACUCGAACGGCGCAAG